CCGAGGUCUGCCCGCUCGGCCCCUCGGCUCGGCGCGGCGUGGCCGGGGCACGCCGUCGGGGCGGGCGGCAUGUGGCGGGGGCUGCCUGUUCUGGCCCUGGCCGGGCUGCUGGUUCUGGGGCGGGCGCCGGCGGGGCGGGCGGCGGCCUGCGAGCCGGUGCGCAUCCCCCUGUGCAAGCCGCUGCCCUGGAACAUGACCAAGAUGCCGAACCACCUGCACCACAGCACGCAGGCCAACGCCGUGCUGGCCAUGGAGCAGUUCGAGGGGCUCCUGGGCACCAACUGCAGCCCCGACCUCCUCUUCUUCCUCUGCGCCAUGUACGCGCCCAUCUGCACCAUCGACUUCCAGCAUGAGCCCAUCAAGCCCUGCAAGUCCGUCUGCGAGCGCGCCCGGGCCGGCUGCGAGCCCGUCCUCAUCCGCUACCGCCACGCCUGGCCCGACAGCCUGGCCUGCGACGAGCUGCCGCUCUACGACCGCGGCGUCUGCAUCUCCCCCGAGGCCAUCGUCACUGCCGAGGGCGCCGAUUUCCCCAUGGAUUCCAAUAACGGCAACUGUCGAGGCGCUGGCAUCGAGCGCUGCAAGUGCAAGCCCAUCAAAGCCACCCAGAAGACCUACCUGCGCAACAACUACAACUACGUCAUUAGGGCCAAAGUGAAGGAGGUGAAGACUAAAUGCCACGAUGUCACCGCCGUGGUGGAAGUGAAGGAGAUCCUCAAGUCUUCCCUGGUCAACAUCCCAAAGGACACUGUAAACCUGCACACAAACUCUGGCUGCCUGUGUCCACCUCUCAGCGCCAAUGAGGAGUACAUCAUUAUGGGCUACGAGGAUGAAGAGCGCUCCAGGUUGCUCUUGGUGGAAGGCUCCAUAGCUGAGAAAUGGAAGGAUCGGCUCGGUAAGAAAGUCAAGCGCUGGGACCAGAAGCUCCGGCAGGCGGGGAAGGCGCAGGCGGCGGCGGAGGCGGCGCCGCGGGGCGGCAGCGGCAGGGGCGGCAGCGGCAGAGGCGGCAGCGCCCGGCAGGCUCGCAGCUAGGGGCGGCCGCCCGACGGGACGCGCAGCGGCACUGCCGCCGGGCUCGGCGCGGGGAGCGCAGGAGAAAUUGCACUAUUGCACGUUAUAUUCUAUUGUUUACUGCGGGGGCCUGGGUCCAGCUUAUCACAGCUUUUAUCCUCCCUCUGGUUGGUUCCUGCCUUCUGGGUUUUCUUCCUUCCCCAUGAGUGCAGCAGCUGGAGAUGACUUCUUUUUUCCCUCUCCCUCGUUGGUUUCGUUUGGUUUCUUUUCUUUGAUGUUUUUUGUUUCUUGUUUCUGUUACUAAGAACUGUAGGCCACUGCCCUCCUCAGGUGGGGAGAGACAAGGAGGUGUCGAAUUGACCAUUUUUAGCUCCUGAACCUUCUUAGGGAGAGCAUCCUGCAAACAGGAAUGAGCUCUGCCAUCACUUAAAGUCAUGACUCACAUACUGCCUUCUCCUUCCCACCCUUUGCCAAACCUUCCUGUGUUGAGGGGAGGCUGAAGGGUCUGAUUUGGGGCUUUUUUUGGGUUCUGAAAUAUCUAAAGGAAUUCUGCUAAGGGAAUAAUUUUGAUCCACACACCUUUGUUAAGCCUUCUUAGAAACAAACCACUUGUGUAAGCCUUCAGAUAUCUCCUGCAGGACCUCUGCUGUGCUUGUACACAGGAGGCCUGGAUGUUUCCAGGGCUCUGGACCUUGCAGGAGAGGUUGUGUAGAACGCAGAUUGGUCUGGACUGGAAGGCACCUCCAAAGCUUGUCCAGUCCAACCCCCUCUGCACUCAGCAGGGACAUCCUCAACUAGAUCAGGUUGCCCAGAGUCCCAUCCAGCCUCACCUCGAACAUCUCCAGGGAUGAGGCCACAACCAUGGGACCUGAUAUACAAUUUGCUUCCCCUCUUAUAAUAGGUGGGUUCCCCCCCUCCCCUUUUUAUCCUUUCUUUUCUCUGCUGAGGUGUAGCAGUAGAGUGACUCACCCAGGCCUGCUUCUCAGUACAGGUCUGCACUUUCUCCUUUGGAUCUGGUGGUGAUAUCCUUCAAUCUGUGCCUACACAAACAAGCCUUUAUUUCGCUGACAGAUUUCCAUGCUCAGUAAAAUAUGUCCAAAUAAAAGAAUUGUAGCUGCCAACACAGACCUGAUCUCA